GCAGAGCCACAGGCCACCGUACAAUUUGGCCAAUUGGGUCAUUUCCUAGCGCAACAUGGACUUACUAAUCCUAAUCAAAAUACCAAUUUAAAACGAAACCCUUGAAAUUAAAGCAUCUCCCGUCAAUGGGCCAAGAACAAAAGCAAGCUCCUUCUCCUCCUCCGUCUCAACCGCCGAUCGCUUCCGCCGCUGAAGCUGCAGCUACGCAAUCCGAUUCUCAUCCUCCACCAUCACCUCCUCCUUUCGAUCCUAGUCGAAUGAUUGGUAUCAUCAAGAGGAAGGCUUUGAUAAAAAAGUUGGCAGCAGUUUACCAUGCUGAGUGCCUUGCAUACUGUCAGGAACUUUUGGAACUUCAAAAGAACUGGGAAGAGCCAUUUGUGGAUUUAAAAACUCCUGAUGAUUCAAGGAAAGAGCCAAUGAGGCCUCCCAAACGUCUGAAAAAAACCCGCUAAGCAUAUUGCAAGUGUGUCAUGUUGGAAGUGAUAUGCUUUUAAUUUCCAUGUUUACAGAUAUGGCGAUGGUUCGGUCUGUUCAUCAAUGUAAGAACCACCACUCUCUAACCAAUUUGACUCUAAAUAGAAAGGUUUCAGGGCCAUAAGGAUUCAAUAUUGCAAUUGGUGCCUUAAUGUGCAUGUCAUUGUGGCUGUCUUAGUAUGCUUGUAGACUUCGUUUCAGUUUGUACCGGUAGUGAGACGUGUAUCUCCAAUGAGUUUUUUUUCUUCUUCCUUUUUUUUGGGGGAUAGAUUCAGUGAUUGUAUUGUACUAUAGACAAGUAACCUUACCGAUAAAAUCAGAUGUUUUUCAAACACCA